AUUUUGCUGAACAGAGGGAACGAAGCGUUAGUGGAUUGCGAACACAAAUGCGUGGAUUAGGUGUCGAUAUGUCCAGCGAUGAAGAGGGCUUGAAUUACGAGGAGGCAGUGGAUGAUAGACAGUCGCGGCCACCCAUUAAGCGUAUGCGCGAAGACACUGAGGGAAGAGGCUUGAAUUACGAGGAGGCAGUGGAUGAUAGACAGUCGCGGCCACCCAUUAAGCGUAUGCGCGAAGACACUGAGGGAAGAGUGCGGAGCAGCUCUAAGAUGCCUCGCGACCAGUCGGGUGUCCGAGAUGUUAAGAUGCGAAAGAAAGUGCGGUUUAUGGGUAAGAAAGCCCAGACAACGAUGAAUAGGAACGCCCGCAAAGGGGAGGCCGACCGUAAGAUCCUGAACGUAAAGCCCAAGCACUUAUUCGCCGGCAAACGAGGACUCGGGAAAACACAAAGACGUUAACACGUGUUGUGAAGGAAUUGAAUAUCUCUUGGAGUCUUCAUAUAAUCAAUUGUUUAGAGUUUAUUUUAUUGUAAUUUAUUUUUGAAUGACCUGUACAUAUGCUUAGACUUUUUAAUGUGUAAUUACCG